UCGUCUACUGUGAAUUGUGAAUUGUGAAUUUGUGAUCUCCAAAGUCCAAACACAAACACAUCAACCUCCGAAUCUUUGCGCUCUUUCUCACACUCUCUCGCUCUCUCUCUCUCUCACACACACACACACUCAGAAGACUUUGCACUCUUCUGUUGUCUCUCUCUCUCUCUUCGCCGUCAGUUUGUGAAUCGGGUUUUCAACCCAGCAGGUUUUCUGAUUUCCACCUCACAAAUCACAAUGUUUUCCUACUUCCAAUUUUUUAUUCUUACCGCCAUAUUUAAUCCGAUUUAGGCUAUGAUCCCGUUUAAGUGUUUUUAAUUAAAAAAAUUGCAUAAAAUUCAGUAUUUCCUUUUCUUUUUUUUUUUUUUUCGGUUUGAUGCGUUCUAUAUGGUAUGGUAUGGAAUAUCGAUCCUACUUUGACAUUGAUAUUCCCUUACUCUACUUGUGUUGUCUGAUUAGGUUGUUUGUUUUAGCAUUCAGCUUUAAUUAAUAGUUAGAUUAGAUUAUACUUAAACUGGGAAGUAGGGACUGUGCAGUAAUUUAGCAUUCUGGGAAUCUAAUUCUUUCAAACACAUAGUAGUUGGCUUAUCUCCUUCAUGUAGAAUUGAUGCUGUUCUAGCUCAUUAUUCCUAAUUUGUUUUAGGGUUCGUUUGCAAGUUGGGAUUGUUGUUUAUCUCAUUAGUUAUUUGCUAUAGGGUGCAUCUGUUAGUUGAGAUCUAAAAGGGAAUGGAAGGGAUGAGAAUGGCUUUAUGAGUAGAAUGGAUUCCAUUACCUCACUUACACUCUAAAAUGACAAUUGACAAAUGCACCCUUAGGGUAUCGUGAUAGUCACACAAGCAAGCAGUGUGACUGGGAUAGUUAGCCAUUUCGAAGUUUCAUUUGUGCAUAUCUCCCUGGUUUCAACACUCUAUUCGUGUUGCGUUCUAUAGAUGGCAAUGCAGGAAGCAAGCCCUGCCACCGCUCCUAGUGCCCAAGUUGUUGGCAACGCAUUUGUGGAGCAAUACUAUCACAUUCUACACCAAUCCCCAAAUUUGGUACACAGAUUUUACCAGGACUCAAGUUUCUUAAGCCGUUCAGACAACGAUGGCCAGAUGACAACUGUGACUACUAUGCAAGCAAUCAAUGAAAAGAUACUUUCCUUGAAUUAUGAAGAUUAUACAGCAGAAAUAAAAACUGCUGAUGCUCAGGAGUCAUAUGAGAAAGGUGUGAUAGUUUUAGUAACUGGAUGCUUAACCGGGAAGGAUAAUGUGAAAAGGAAGUUCUCACAGACAUUCUUUCUGGCACCACAAGAUAAGGGGUAUUAUGUCUUAAAUGACGUCUUUAGGUAUGUUGAGGAGAAUGACACACUGCAGUCAUCAAAUCCCGACUCCACUGUCAAUGAAAAAGCUGAGGCAGUGGCCAUGCCGGAAGCAGAUAAUAUACAUGCUCCAGAACAUCUUGUGACCAACCCUGCAAUAACAGCAGAGAGUGAAAACGUUAAUAAUGGAGCUGAAGGUUAUAAUCCAGAGGACAAUGAGGAAGAAGGAUCAGUUAUUGAUGAAGAGGUUGCUGAACCCUCUGCAGAUUUAAGUCAGAAUGUUGCGAUUCAUGAUUCAACUUCUGCAGUCCAGGAUGAUGCACCGAAGAAGUCAUAUUCAUAUGCAUCAAUUGUAAUGAAAAGUAACACAGCAUCUGGUCCUGUAUAUGUUCCCAGCCGAACUGUAAGAGCAGUACCUGCUAAAUCCAGUGAACAAUGGCCUACUACUACCAAACCAACUCCAGUACCAGAGGCAUUAGCUCCUAGUAAUGACAGUGCUCCUGGGAGUAGUGAUGUUCAUGAGGAAGCUGAAGGUCAUUCCAUAUACAUACGGAAUUUGCCAUUUAAUGCAACUGUUGAACAACUUGAGGAGGUCUUUAAGAAAUUUGGUCCUAUUAAGCAUGGUGGAAUCCAAGUUAGAAGUAGUAAGCAUGGCUUCUGUUUCGGCUUUGUUGAAUUUGAGGAAAUGACUUCCAUGAAUAGCGCACUUGAGGCAUCACCUAUCACCGUUGGUGAUCGACAAGCUGUUAUUGAGGAGAAGAGAACUACUACAAGAGUUAGUGGUAGUGGAAGAGGAAGGUUUCCCUCCGGAAGAGGUGGGUUCAGAAGUGACAGUUUCAGGGGGCGUGCGAAAUUUGGUGGCGGAAGAGGUUAUGGCAGAAAUGAGUUCAGAAACCAAGGAGAGUUCACAACGCGACCUAAGGGUCCAGCUGGACAAAAGGGAGAUGGUUCUCAACGGCCCAGUCAAAAUGGAAGUGGGCGGGGUGGACGGCAAGGUGUUGGGAACCGAAGUACUGCACCAUCAACUUGAGCAUGAGGUAAUCAUAG